AUGCGACUAAUGGAAAUGAGAAUGAUGUGGAAAUGGAUGAGUUGGAUGAUGAAGAAGGCUACAGUGAUUUGGAUGACGAGGAAGGAAGUCUUAUACGGCUCUGAGGAUGACUCAAUGGACGUCCCUGUAGAAGGACAUCCGACCACCGAAGAAAUUGUUGAUGACGGUGAAGAAGUGUCCGAUCCGGCCGGUUCUAAUCCUUGUCCAUAUUGUCGUUUCGCUAGCAAUAGCGAAGAGGAAACAGCUCGUCACUGUGCCCAGCUCAACCGGAACACGAUUUUCGUCUGCCAGAUGUGCGAUUUCGGGUGCAAAUGGAGCAAGAAUUUCUAUGAACAUGUUAGACAGAAUCAUUUUCAUAUGCCGCUUUACAAUUGUGCUCAUUGUCCUUUUGUGUCAAAUGAUCGUGUGCAGGAUCUUCUUGCUCAUAUGCUUGUUCACAGUGAAAUCCGUUUCUUCAAGUGUGCUCAAUGCGGUUUCGGGGGACCACGAGAACUCAAGUUUGGGCUCACGAGAAGCUGCACGCUGAUGAGACCGCACAUCUGUGAUGGAAUGUGGCUUCUCGUCGAAAUCCGCCGAUCGCCCCUGACUCAACAAAGGAACAAUGGCGAUGUUUUCUCUUUGUCAUAUUGGGGGAUG